AUGGCCAAGAAGCCCGUUAAGUAUUCUGUGGUGGAUGCUUUCACUGACAAGGCAUUCAAAGGGAACCCUGCAGCUGUGUGUUUGUUGGAGGAUCCCAGAGAAGAAGAAUGGCUUCAAGCUGUUGCUACCGAGUUCAAUCUCUCCGAAACUUGUUACCUCACUCCGAUUUCUGAUGCUGAAUCCUUGUCCGGGACGCCGAGGUUUGGACUUCGUUGGUUCACUCCUGUAGCUGAGGUUGAACUCUGUGGACAUGCAACUCUAGCUGCCUCUUAUUUUCUCUUUAGUAAUGAGCUGGUGAAAUCCGAUAAAAUUGAGUUUUUGACACAGUCAGGAGUUUUAACUGCCAAAAAAUUUCCCGAAAACAGGACCUCAAAUCCAGUUAAUGAACCAAAGGGGAACUACUUGAUUGAAUUGGAUUUUCCAGCUGUCCCCAUUGCUGAGAUUAAUUCUGUUGAUGUCUUGGAAAUCUCGAAAAGCUUGAAUGGUGCUGCGGUCGUUGAGGUUCAGAAAACUGCAGGAGACGACCUCUUUGUUGUGCUUCCAUCUGCAAAGGCAGUUGCAGAAGUAGCACCACAGUUUGAUGAGAUUAGAAGAUGUCCUGGAAGAGGGAUGGUAAUCACUGGUCCUGCAUCACCUGAAUCUGGAUUUGACUUCUACAGUCGAUUCUUCUGCCCUAAACUUGGGAUUAAUGAGGAUCCAGUGACUGGGAGUCUUCACUGUUCUCUGGCAGUUUAUUGGAGCAAAAAGCUUGGAAAAUCUGAUUUUAUUGCAUACCAGGCAUCCCCGAGAGGCGGGGUGAUUAAUAUCCAGAUGGAUGAGAAAAACGAGAGAGUACUACUUCGUGGAAAAGCUGUUGUUGUGGCAGAAGGUGUUAUCUUGGUGGAUGCCUUUACCGGUGAGGCGUUCAAGGGUAAUCCGGCACUAGUGUGUUCGUUGGAGGAUACGAAAGAUGAUCAAUGGCUUCAAGCUGUUGCCAGCGAGUUAAAUAUCCCAUCCACUGCUUAUGUCACUCCGGUUUCUAUGUCGCCGGAGUCAACGAUCCCAAGAUUCGGAAUUCGUUGGUUCACUCCUGUAACCGAGGUUAAACUUUGUGGACAUGCAACUCUAGCAGCCUCUCAUUUUCUGUUUAGUUAUGGUAUUGUACAAUCUGAUAUAAUUGAGUUCUCGUCCCAUUCGGGUGUUUUGACUGCCAAGAAAAUCUCGAAAACCAGAACCUCAAUAACUGUCAAUGAAUGCCACGAUCAAGACGAGGACUUCUUGAUUGAGUUAGAUUUUCCUUUGAUCCCCAUUGCUGACUUUAACUCUGUUGAUAUUUCGCAAAUUUCCAAAAGCCUGAAUGGAGCUUCUGUAGUUGAAGUGCAUAAGACAACCAAUGGAGAAGAUCUCUUGGUCGUGCUCCCAUCAGCAAAAGCAGUUGUUGAAGUACAACCUCAGUUUGAUGAGAUUAAAAGAUGUCCAGGUCGAGCGAUGAUAAUUACCGGAGCUGCAUUGCCUGAAUCCGAAUUUGAUUUCUACAGUCGGGUCUUCAGCCCAAAACUUGGUAUCGACGAGGAUCCUGUAACAGGAAGUGUCCAUUGCGCAUUGGGAGACUAUUGGAGCAAAAAGCUUGGGAAAUCUGAUUUUGUUGCGUAUCAGGCAUCCCCGAGAGGCGGGGUGAUCAAUCUGCACCUGGAUGAGAAGAAUGAAAGAGUACUCCUUCGUGGGAAAGCUGUUAUUGUGACAGAAGGCUCUAUUUUGGUUUGA